UUUAUCAGUCGAAUCAUUCAGGUACUCAACGCCUGGGAAAAGAUGAAUCCACUGAUUGCAAAGAUUGUCCACCUCAUUCAAGUACUUCUUCCUCAUGUGAAGUAUUGGUGGAAGCUUCCGGUCGUGCUCGCUAUGGUUUACCAAUUGAAUCAACGAGAUUUUAUGUUUAGAAACAAUUUAUUCGAUAGCUACUCUCUGGAAAAAAUGGGACCGAAGUAUGACUGUCAGGACCCCUUGAUAGGUCAUAUAUCCCUGGGCUGUGUCACCAAAGAGCCUUUUCCAUAUUUGCACCAAAAGGAUGGACUCAACAUUGAAGAGUGUGUGAACCACUGUAAAGAUAACAGAUACGCUUAUGCAGGCUUUGAUCACUAUCGAAAGUGUUUUUGUGGUGAUAAAAUCUUGAAAUAUGUGGAAUGUAAGAAGGGCAAGUCUGGAUGUGGUAAAUCUUCUCAGAUUGAAAUCUUCAGAACAAUGUUCUGUACAGAGGAAAUGAAAUCAGUAAGGACCCAUGACGGAACCUGUAAUGACCUGAAUCAUCCGGCUUCGGGAAGCAGGUAUUACCGGUUUGGUAGAAACAUAAAUCGCACGAAGACGUUUGAGGACAAAAACCUAUUUGAACCAUCCCCAAGAGAGUUGAGCAAAAGGUUGAUGGCCAGAGACAAAUUUAUUCCCGCCACGACGUUGAACCUGUUGACCGUAGGCUUUUUACAGAUGAUGCUCCACGACUGGUUUGACCACGGACCGGUAGAUACAUCAUGCAGAAUAAAGAUCAAACUCCACAAAGACGAUCCCGAUUAUCAUAAAUUCAAAGGAGAAAUGGAAAUUCCACGAACUAAAGAGGACAACUGCAAGCAAUUCUCGAAUAAAGAUGGUCCUGCAACCUUUCAGAAUGAUGUAACGCACUGGUGGGACGGAUCGCAGUUGUAUGGCAGCGAUGAACAGACAAGUGCAAAACUACGCAGCUUCAAAGAUGGAAAAAUGAAUGUUUCAGAUGAGGAUGGCCUCCUGCCAAUCGAUAAGAAAACUGGCAUUGAUAUUACUGGUUUUAAUCAGAAUUGGUGGAUCGGUCUCUCUCUUCUGCACAACAUAUUUACCCGGGAGCACAAUUUUAUCUGUGACAUGUUGAAAUCGCAUUAUCCUCAUUGGGACGACCAGAAAUUGUACAACACUGCCAGGUUGAUCAACGCUGCCGGGCUUCAGAAAAUUCACACGGUGGAAUGGACACCAGCUGUCUUAAACAGCUCUGCUCUCCGCAACGGAGUAUAUUUGAAUUUUGACAUGCCACUCGAAAAGGAAAUUUAUGAUUGGAUGGCUGAUCACAACAUCAGUGUAUCAGCGAGCGCUGAUAUACUGAAGCCUCUCGUGGGACAGCCAAGUGAGUACCAUGGGGUUCCUUUCUCCUUGACAGAGGAAUUUUCAGCAGUGUAUCGAAUGCACCCAUUUCUGCCUGAUGAUCUAUAUCUUCGAAAUGCCUCAAGUGGUAAGAGGACAGGAAAAUCAUACUCACUCCCAGAAUUUUCUUUUGCUGGGGCCAGGAACAUCACAAAAGAGAACAGCAUGGACGACAUUGUGUUUACAUUCGGUGUGGAGCAUCCAGGCGCACUUCGUCUUCAUAACUACCCUACACACCUCAGGAACCUAACGUUACCCAAUCAUCAGCAAGAUGGAGAGACAAUCGACCUCGCAACAAUUGACAUAUUGCGUGACCGCGAGAGAGGAAUCCCACGGUACAAUGAAUUCAGAAGACUGAUAAAUCUCCCUCCCGCUGCCACAUUUGAAAAGCUUACAAGAAAUAAAAAGCACCAGGUGCUACUCAAGGAGCUGUACGACGGCGAUAUCGAGAAAGUAGACCUGUUGAUAGGUUGUCUUGCAGAGGACCCUUUACCAGUUGGGUGGGGUUUUGGUGAUACACCUUUCAGAAUAUUUGUUACUAUGGCCACUCGGAGAGUGGAGGCAGACAGGUUUAUGACGGACAAUUUCAACAACGAGACUUACUCGCCCGAAGGCUUGAAGUGGAUUAAAGACACAAACAUGAGGAAAGUACUUGUACGCGCAUUUCCUGAGAUGGAAUGGCUGAAUGCAACCAUGGCUAAAACCAAGAACGCCUUUUGGCCUUGGCCUGCGGUACCUGUCGAUUCGUUAAAAAAGCGAGAAGUUUGAAUGCAACUCAACAAAACAGCUCGGGCUAUGUAGAGGGUAGAUGAAAAGUUUCUUGUGAGAUUUAAGGAACAAAUA